CGAAAGACGUUUUUAAAAGAAGAGCCGGAAUGGAUCGAAAUAAAGCCACAAGUUGAACUUGCUUGGAGUCCGUGUUUAAAAACACUCGAAGGUCAUAAAGACAUGGUAUACUCAGUUGCAUUCUCUCAUGACUCAACUCUAUUGGCCUCGGGUUCGUUGGACGAUAAGCCAAUAGAGAUUUGGGAUACCAAAACUUGGACCCUUCAAUACAUCCUCGCAAAAGUAACCGAAUGACAAUCUUCUCGCUUGCAUUUUCUCAUGAUUCGAGCCUAUUAGCCUUAGGUUUACACGAUCGUAUCAUUGAAAUUUGGGAUAUAAAGACGUUGUCCCUCCAGCGAACACUUGAAGUCCGUGAAGGUAAUGUUCUUUCAGUCGAGUUUUCCUAUGACUCUAAGCUACUAGCCUCAAGGUCGGAUGACGGUACUAUUAGUAUCUGGGAUAUUGAAUUGGGAUCCUUUUAUCAACCAUUUAGGGGUAGCGGAUAUAAGGCCCAAUCGAUCACAUUCUCUCGUGACUCGACACAACUGGCCUCAGGAUUAUAUGACCACACCAUCAAGAUUUGGGAUACAAAAACAUGGUCCGUUCAAAAAACAUUCCAAGUUCACGGGGGGUACGUUAUCUAUUUACAUACAUCUGAUUGAUUGAGUCUUUGCACCAUUCCUAAAGUGGCAUGU